AUGGCUGCUGCAAACAAUGUUCUACCAGGCUCUCUGCUUGAUCUGUUAUCCAACGAUCUCAUUCUACGCCAUACUAGUCCGUACAUAGGUAUCAAAUCUCUUGUGUCACUGGCUGCUACUUCGAAAGCCUACAGGUCCCUUGUCUACAAUACGCCACAUGUCUUUCAGCAUGCCAAUCUGUGUGGAACUAAUGUCUUGACGGGGUCCGCACAAGACUUCUCUUUGGAUGAUCAGAAGAUUGACGAGUUAUACGCUCAAAGAUUCCGUACCAUCUUUACAAUCCUGGAAAGCAAAAAUGUGAUUCAAGAUGUCAGAACGCUCAUUUUAGAUGGGCUCUUUGUCCCAAUUUCAAUAAUUGAAGAUAUACUAUGCAACGACCGAUAUCAGAUCCGGCUGCUCUCCUUGCGGUCAGUCCAUAGAUUGCCAAGGCACGAUGUAUUGCCAAUCCUUCGCCAUCUCAUCCGGCCAACCCGCCCAAAGGGGACGCCAAAGCUUAAAGGAUUCUAUUUGUUUGGCCAUCAAGACAAGUUCCAGGAAUUAUAUAGUUUGGAUGAAGUCAUGAGAAGGCCCGAGGCCAGUGGUAUCACAGCCUCAGUAGGUGCCCAGCUAGGCGCUGGCAAUCAUAUGGGCUAUGACCUGUACGACUUUCAAAAGUUGGCUAGAGGAGACCCUUAUAGUCAUUCUCCAUACGGCGCUCCGGGAAUGUCGAAUGUUCUGGAGGAUAGCCUAAUAACAUCAGAAUGGCCAGAAAUUCUCGAAGCCUGUAAGGGCUUGAUUGCAUUUGAUGCGGUCCUAUGCCGCCACAAUCAGAAUAGUGUUCCAAAUCCCAAACCAAGAGUUGCUACUGUCCGACUGCUCGGCUGCAAGUCGUGCAAUUCGUCCCCUGAAGGCCCCGCAUACCCUGAGGCUUCACCUACGGACCACAUUCCGAUACUGUCGCCACCUCCAUUGCACUCUUCGAAGGUUGAAGUGGCUCAGCGUAUUGACACUGAUGGUCAAUCAUAUCCACCGCUCAUACUGCGCUGUCGUACCUGCCUCAAAGAUCGAUGGUGUGAGGUACGUAUAUUCCGGAGUAAAUUCUUCCCAUUCGGCAGCAAGUGA